AACUAAAAUGUAAAUGUCUCCACCUUAAUUUGUAUCUGUAAGUAAUCUGCACCAGGCAAGAUUUGAUGAUUUGAGAUCAUAAAAUUUUUUGAGACUAAUAAUUAACAACGACACGCACCCAACUUAAUUAUUAUUAUCCUCAGUUUGUUAAUCGUUCUCAUGCGGGCGGGUUGUGCUUAAAUACUAAAAUUCUGUGCUAUAGUGCAUGUUAUAACCUUGAAAGAGACCUUAGUACUUAUAGUUUGGUUUGCUUGCCCUUAUUUUUUUUCGGAUGUGUACUACCAGAAGUUGUCACAAAUCAGGCCUGAUUGUGGGUGGGGUGUCAUUAAAUAGUGACACGGAGUCGUGUCAGCUUUCCAAAUUGUGCUCUUAAGUUUUGUAGCCUAAUUAGUAAAGGAAAACUACUGCUGAGACCGAGUUGAAGUAUUGAGGUCACGAACGAAUGAACGACAGACUUGCGGAACAGAAAGAGAGUCAGAGUCACACCGAUUUUCGGAUUUAUUUUUGCCCACCAGACAAGUUAAGACUACUGUGGGCUGUGCGAAAUCGUAUGUAUUUGUGCUCCCAGUUUUGUUUCUGCUUGUGCUGCAUAAUAUCAUCCUGCAACACUUUUACUUUUGUUUAGUUACAUAUUUCCCAGUUACGCAAAAACAGUUGUCGAAGCGUACAAAAUUCUGUCACUUGAUGAGGAUAAAUAAAUCUCUGCGAAAAAGGACAAAUCCGGUUUUGUAACUGGGCGAAUUUACUUAAUUGUUAAUUGUUACGUAAUACUGAAGUCAGUUUAGUGUUUUUUUGUCAAAAGUGUGUCAGUUUAGUUUGAAAUAUUCUUUUUUUUUUGUUAAAACAAAGAACACGAGAUUUGUACAUAGUUUCACCUCCUCACUUUUUUUCACGAAACGAGGCGACAGAAGUAUAUCCCUUAAAGGAUUUGAUUCCUAGCUGUCCUACAAAUUGGGAAGAUUGUUCCUGUCACCAAUGUCGUCGCUCUUUUAAAGCUUUAGUUUAGGACUCUCUCGUUUUAUGCAAUUCCAUCCAUGUUGACGUUGAUGAUUUGACGACGUGAAGGGAAAGCAAAGCAAAUCCAGGAGAGGGGAGAUUUUGGCCAGAAAAAAAGUUACAAUUUUGUCCCUAACUUUUCAAUAUUCCAGACUUGUCAAGGAAGUGUCACUUAAUUCCGUGGUGGUUGUGGUGCCAUUGACUCGAAAAGCCGACAAUUUAAUCAAACCAGACUACACAUUGUGCUAACAGAAAGUGAAAGCUAAGCCGGAUUAAGAUGCCGUUAGCUCAUCAACUAGGAGUACCUUGGGGAGAUACGAAGCGACCACCAGAGGCGCAAAUGGGAUUGGAGGAGAUGCUGGUUGAUGAACAUGUCGACCCUUCCCCCACCUCGAGUCAGAGUCAGAGCAACGCUAACAACAACGGUUCCAAGCGGGGAAGCCCUGCAGGGACGCCGGAUGACUCGGAAGAACCCAUGAACGGGGUCGAGGCAGAAAUCGAGGUCAACGAUGUGACACGAGAAGGUCACGAAAAAGCGGACCCUUCACAAUUCGAGCUGCUCAAAGUACUGGGGCAGGGUUCGUUCGGAAAGGUGUUCCUUGUCCGAAAAGUGGUUGGAAACGAUGGUGGAACCCUCUACGCCAUGAAAGUGUUGAGAAAGGCGACACUGAAAGUUCGGGACAGAGUGAGGACAAAGAUGGAGCGGAACAUUCUGACCGAAGUACAGCAUCCGUUCGUCGUGAGAUUGCAUUACGCCUUUCAAACGGAAGGAAAACUCUACCUGAUUCUCGAUUUCCUCCGUGGAGGCGAUCUUUUCACGCGUUUGGCGAAAGAGAUAAUGUUCACCGAGGAGGAUGUCAAAUUCUACUUGGCAGAGCUCGCCCUCGCGCUAGACCAUCUCCACUCCAUCGGCAUCAUCUACCGUGACCUCAAACCGGAAAACAUCCUCCUGGACUCGGACGGACAUAUAUCUCUCACCGAUUUCGGCUUGAGCAAGCAACCCCUCGACGACGAGAAGGCGUACUCCUUCUGCGGCACGGUGGAAUACAUGGCCCCCGAAGUGGUCAACCGUAAAGGUCACUCGUACCAAGCAGACUGGUGGUCGUUUGGGGUGCUCAUGUACGAAAUGCUAACGGGUUCGCUGCCUUUCCAAGGAGCCAACCGGAAGGAGACGAUGGUGCAAAUUUUAAAGGCUAAGCUAGGCAUGCCACAAUUCCUCUCGCCCGAAGCGCAAUCCCUCCUACGUGCCCUGUUCAAACGAAAUCCAGCCAACCGACUGGGAGCGGGAGGCGUUUCUGAAAUCAAGUCACACUGCUUCUUUGAGAGGAUUGACUGGGAAAAGUUGGUCUUGAAGGAAGUGGUCCCUCCAUUCAAGCCGGCCGUUUCGAGAGCCGAUGACGCGUUCUAUUUCGACUCGGAGUUUACAUCAAGAACGCCGAAAGAUUCUCCUGGCGUCCCACCAUCUGCAAACGCACACGAAUUAUUCAGAGGUUUCAGCUUCAUCGCUUCGUGCCUACUAGACGACAAUAUGAAUGCAUCUCCGCUCCCGAAUUCCAACGUCAUCAAUUCGGACGGUCUCCCAGCUUCCAAUCCUGUCGCGGAUAACAAACCAACGCCGGAAAUGUGUCGCCAGACCGGCGUACCAAUCCAAAUUCCGAGCUGGGACUCGAAGGCUAUACGGACCAGCAAUAUUCUAGACGAUUACGAAAUGAAGGAAGAAAUUGCCAAAGGUGCUUAUGCAACUUGUCGCCGCUGUGUUCAUAAGAGCUCUAGGGUCGAACAUGCAGUCAAGAUCGUCUCAAAAGGGUCACGCGAAUGGCAUGAUGAAGUCGAUAUUCUCCUCCGUCAUAGUCAGCAUCCCCAUAUCGUCACGUUGUACAGCGUGUACGAAGAUGCCACCAAAGUAUAUCUGGUCACUGAAUUAUUACGAGGGGGUGAACUCCUCGAUAAAAUUUUGGCGCACAAAAGACUCUCGGAACGUGAAGCGGCCGACGUGAUGGCAGUUUUAGUCGACACGGUGGCAUACUUGCAUCGACAUGGCGUCGUGCACAGGGACCUCCAACCCGCAAACAUUGUGUAUGCCGACGUGGCCCAAAAACCUGACGGGAUUCGCGUGUGCGAUUUUGGUUUUGCGAAACAACUCCGCGCAGAGAACGGUUUGUUGAUGACGCCAUGCUACACGGCAAACUUUGUUGCGCCUGAAGUCCUCCGGAAGCAGGGGUACGAUGCGGCGUGUGAUAUUUGGUCUCUGGGUGUCAUUCUGUACACAAUGUUGUCAGGGAAAACGCCCUUCGCCACAGGAGCGAAUGAUCCCCCAGCCAUGAUCCUGUCUCGCAUUGGUAACGGUGAGAUAGACAUCACGUCUGCAAAUUGGAAUCAUGUUUCGGACCCGGCGAAAAAUAUAGUUCGUAAAAUGUUGGACGUCGACCCGGCGAAGCGUCCCUUUGCGAAAGAUAUUGCUCACUGCCUCUGGCUUAAGAAUCGUGGUACUCUGCCAUCCCAAGCGUUACCGAUCGAGUAUCCCUCGUCACUCAAGAGUGCCAUCCAAGCCACGUACUCUGCGCUGUCGCAAAGUCCGAAGGCCCCCCCGUUGGGCCCCAUCGUUCAAUCCGAGUUGGCCAGACGGCGUCAACGCUCAAGACCUCAUUCUCACUCUUCCUCGGAAAUGUAAUCCUGUAAACGAUAGUCAAACAACUAUAUAAAUAAAAAAUAUGUAAAUCAAUAACACGUCGAUGACUCGUCAAUUUCCACAAAUGUUGUCACGUACAUAUGAGUAUUUCGUGGGGAGUAUUUUACAGAUGGAGUGCAAAUUUUUGUGUCUGUCUCAUUGUCAUUCCUAUUAUUAUUGUCCCUCUCAUGUCACUAAUUAAGUUUAGAUAAUAUUAUGUAGUUAUAGUCAUUUUAUCAAUUCAAUUUCUCACUUUUAACAACUAAACUAUAUCCAGAAACUUCAACUAUAAUGUACACUUAAGUACUUACCAUUAUUCAUGAAAUGAAACAAUCUAGAUAUUAGUCUUUGUUAUCUGGGACCUUGAUAUCUUAUCUUAAAUAAGUACUUGCCAAUUUUUAGUUCAGGCUUUAAUUGACUGCCGUUUAUAAUUAGGAUGUCUUAUUCCUCUUUUUUGUAGCCGUUACACUUUUUAAUAAAGUAAUGUGUGUAGGUAGUCUAAAUUACAGAUUGGCUGUAAAUGAGUAGCUGUUAUCUAUGUGCAUACUAAUUCUUCAUGAUGUCAAGUCAAUCAAUCAAUUAUGUACUUAAGAUAAGAUUGAUUACUCUCAAUAAUUAAGGAACCAACAUUCCCGAAAACAUUUUAUGAAAUAUCUAAUAGUGCGAAGAAGGAAACGAAUGUAUUGUGAUGAUGGUAAAAGAAAUGAAUGGUGGAUAUAUGUCUGACUUACAUAAGUACUUGUGCAAUUAUUUUAUGUACGAUUUUGAGAAAACUUUAAUUUUUUUAAGUUCUUUUAAAUAGGAAUAAAAAUCCCGUGAUAUUUUUGUGGCACAAAUAUCGUACUAUAUUUUAAAUUAAAUUAUAAAUAUGUAAACACAAUCCCCAAAUAUACCUAUGUAUUUACCUCUUUCACUCGUGUGAGAUGCCAAUUAGUUAAUUAUGUAGCAUGAUGGCAAUUUGCAUGAUUCAUUACAUAAUAUGUAAUUUCAGUAAGAUGUAUAACUAUUCCAGAAAAGAAAAAUUCCUUAGCGAAAUUAAUUCAAUCUUCGUUUCAGCAAUUAAAUUCAUUAAAGGACACUAAUUCUCCUUAUUAAUAACUUAAUUAGCAAGUAAGUUCUAGGUAAUUAAGUGUAAACUAACUGGGGAAAUAGAAUAUUUAGUGGUAUUUAGAUAGUCAUUACUUAUCUGCAAUUGCAUACUACUCUAAAUAUUAUGGACAGAAUUUAUUGCAAAGAGACGCAUUUUUUUUA